GGCGGCGGCAGAGGAACGAUGGAGGCCAAUUCCACCGCGGGAUCCUUUACUCCCGCACAACAGUUCAGUGUUGCUGAUCUUGUUGUCGUAGUGGUUUAUUUUUCCUUAAACGUUGCAGUGGGAAUAUGGUCUUCAUGCAGGGUGAACAGGAACACCGUCAGUGGCUAUUUCCUUGCUGGCAGAGACAUGGCGUGGUGGCCAAUCGGCGCCUCUCUCUUCGCCAGCAGUGAAGGCUCGGGGCUCUUCAUCGGGCUGGCCGGGACCGGUGCUGCCGGGGGAAUCGCUGUCACUGGCUUCGAGUGGAACGCGACCUACGCUCUUCUGGCGCUGGCCUGGGUGUUUGUGCCAGUCUACAUCUCAUCUGGGAUUGUCACGAUGCCCGAGUAUCUCCAGCGAAGGUUUGGAGGGGAGAGGAUCCGGAUGUACCUCUCUGGCCUGUCGCUCCUGCUCUCCAUCUUCACCAAAAUCUCUACGGACCUGUACUCGGGGGCCCUCUUCGUGCAAGUCUGCCUGGGCUGGGACCUUUACCUCUCCACUGUCCUGAUGCUGGUGGUCACGGGGCUCUACACCAUCGCAGGGGGGCUGGCAGCUGUCAUCUACACCGACGCGCUGCAGACACUCAUCAUGGUCCUUGGAGCCAUCCUGCUGGCGGUGAAAGCUUUUAAUGAGAUCGGAGGAUACCCCAACCUGGAAGAGGCCUAUUUAAAAGCUGUGCCAUCCAAGAUUGUUCCCAACACUACCUGCCACCUGCCCAGAGCGGAUGCAAUGCACCUCUUCCGAGACCCAGUCUCUGGAGAUCUGCCCUGGACCGGGAUGACUUUUGGGCUGUCUAUCAUGGCCACGUGGUACUGGUGCACCGACCAGGUCAUCGUCCAGCGGUCACUCUCUGCCAAGAACCUGAGUCACGCCAAGGCCGGUUCCAUCUUGGCCAGCUACCUGAAGAUGCUGCCGUUGUUCGUUAUCAUCAUGCCAGGGAUGAUCAGCAGGGUCCUGUACCCAGAUGAUGUGGCCUGCGUGGACCCCGAGGAGUGCACCCGCGUGUGUGGGGCCGCCGUGGGCUGCUCCAACAUCGCCUAUCCCAAGCUGGUGGUCGAGCUGAUGCCCAGCGGGCUGCGGGGUCUGAUGAUCGCGGUGAUGAUGGCUGCCCUCAUGUCAUCCCUGACCUCCAUAUUCAACAGCAGCAGCACCCUCUUCACCAUGGACAUCUGGAGGAAGCUGAGGCCACGGGCUGGCGAGCGAGAGCUGCUCUUGGUGGGCAGGUAG